AUGCAGAAAUGGUUGACCAACGAGGACAAGCUGCGACAGACACUACAGGAAAACGGAGAGUCAGCGAUACAGAAUGCACCAACGAAGGUACUCGGCCUGUACUGGAACACGGAGGAAGACACAUUUCAUGUAAGCCUUGAACCACUCCUGGAUAUAGUCAAGAACGAAAAACCCACGAAGCGAACGGUGCUCCAAGCGACGCCGAGAAUUUUCGACCCGUUGGGACUUUUGUCUCCAUUCACCAUCAGAGCCAAGAUCAUAUUUCAAGAUAUUUGGAAGCAAGGAAUAGAUUGGGAUGGGUCACUUCCGAAGGCUCUCGAAGAUGAGUGGAUGAAGUUGACGGGAGAGGUUGAAGACAUAAAAGAUCUAACUUUGAAGAGGAGCUCACUGAUCAAAAUCAACACGGACGAAGCUCACUUCGAGCUUGAUGUCUUCUCUGACGCAAGUCCGCAGGCAUACGGUGUCGUCACCUACUUGAGGGUCGAAGAUAGAUCGGGAAUCGCCUACGUCCAACAGCUGCUCGCGAAAGCUCGGGUCGCUCCUAUUAUGAGGCUGACAUUACCGUGCCUUGAACUCGUGGGAGCUUGCCUGUGUGCGCGGAUAGCAACGUUUCUACGCGAGACGCUGCCGAAAUGCGAUGAAUACUUCUGCUGGACCGACUCGAACAUCUGCCUAUGCUGGAUUCGGUCUUCACCCACUAAGUGGAAAGCCUUUGUGUACAACCGAGUGAUGGAAACUCAAGAGCGCACCGAUCCUAGUCGCUGGAGUCACUGCGCCGGGAAAGUCAACACAGCUGAUUUCCUAACAAGAGCUCUCGACAAAUCGUCGGCCAUACGAGACCUUCACCCUUUCGUGGAUAACAAGGGCAUGAUGAUCAAGACUCGCCUAGACAACGUAGAGGCUUCGGAAAAAGUGAAAUGCCCCGUGCUGUUACCUGCAGAUCAUCGUUGCACGCACCUCAUUGUAGAGAGCGAACAUCGACGUCUUCUGCACAGUGGUGUCGGUGUCACACUCACCGAGCUGCGUGAGAAGUUUUGGAUAGUGCGCGGCCGUCAAUGCAGCCUCCUCGACUUCAGCCUCGUCACCUUACUGACCAGCUGCCUGCAGCACUAG